GUUAGAGGGAUGUAACGUUAUACAAUCAUUCCCAUAGUAACCUCGGUAGCUGGUGGUAAACAGUAACGUUAACGUUACUUGUUUGCAGUAAAGGCAAAAGGCCCACAGCUAUCAGUUUUGAAUUUUUGACAAUGGAGACAAUAUAUCUCGAUAAAUCAGCUGUGAAAGCUGUGGAUGACUACUGGGAGUACAGAAGGAUUGUGGGUGAUGAUGAUGGAGGAAAACUGUUCACUCCAGAGCAAUAUGAGGCAUACAAGAGGAAGGUGCUCCCUCAACGAGUGAAAAACAGGCUGUAUGUAAGCUUUGGGGUGCCGGGAGGUAUCGACUGCAAACUCAUUGGCCCUGAGACACAAUGCUUCUGUACACACAGGUACAAGCAACAUAAGACCGACUUUGAAGUGGUUCCAUCUGAGCGACCCCUCACCCUACCAUGCAGGGUCAGAGGAUGUCAUUGUCCUGCCUACCAGUAUGUUCCCCGGAUUGGGCCAAACCCUGUCCACUGCAGGUGUAAACACUUGCCUCAGGAUCACAGUGAAGCCACUGGCCACUUGUGCAAAAAGUGCACUUCCUGUUCUGGGUUCCAGAGCCCCUUCACCUGUUUGUGUGGCCAGGCCAGCUCUGCCCACCAGACCCUGGUUGAGACAAAACUAGAGAGGGAGGCACGUGGCCAGCCCGUAGGCAGGGAUGUCCCUUAUGCUGCCAUGGGGGGGCUGAUAGGGUUCAGCUCCUUGUUGGAUGGUUAUCUUGCUUUGGAACCCAGUGGCUCAGAGCAAGACAGAGAAGACGGCUGCCAGCAGAGAUGCUCAGCAUCUUGGAUCAAAGAAACGUCUCCUAAAAAUCCAUCUGUAUUCACUGUUAGAGAGAGACCAACAAACAGUGAAAUGCAAUGUCCUUCUCAGAGUUCAUCUGCCAAACCCAACCAUUAAAUAUUACAUUCCUCAAAUACAUCA